GCCUUAUAAGCAUUUCGAAAUUACUCCAGCGCAAUACGACGAAACGCAACAAAUUGCCAUCAACAAAAAAAAAAGUGGUGAUAUCCCCGAGAGUAAUUUCCCCCCGAAAAUACUCGAAUUAAGUGUCACGGCAAGAUGAUUCACGUAGGAGACAACACAUGGAAUAUCCGGGUAUUCAUCACAGACCUUCAGGUCGAAAAGAUCCUGCGCGUCCGGGGUGAUCUGCACAUCGGAGGCGUCAUGCUGCGGCUCGUCGACCCAGAAAAUCCCAAAGAUUGGUCCGACCACGCGCUAUGGUGGCCCUCGAGAAACAUGUGGCUUACCAGAACCAAGUCCACACUUGACCAGGUGGGACUGCACGCGGACGCCUUGCUGCACUUCACACCCAUGCACAAAACGCUCAGAGUACAGAUGCCGGAUUUGCGAUACCUGGACUGCCGGGUGGAUUACUCGAUCAAAACUUUCGGAGCCGUUGUGGCACUUUGCAAAGACUUGGGCAUUCGACAUCCGGAGGAGUUGUCACUGUGUAAACCAUUGGAGCCGGCACAUUUGAAGAAAAACUAUGCUGAUUUACCGAAAAAGAAGAUCCCAAUCGAGCAGAAUGGCAACGGACGAGAUUUUGUGCAGCCAGCUCCAGAUACGAACACGUUUAUCCAAACCACAGCUACCAACUUUCACGGCAGCAGCGGAAGUCUGGAUGGACCAGCGAACGGUGGACCGUUUUCCUGCGCACCAGUACAGCAUCCACACUACACACCCAACAGGCCAAAUCUACAGAGCACGCCAAUCAGUUCUCCCACGGGGACUUUGAGGCACAAUUAUGCAAAUGGACACACUUCGUUCAACGAGUCAUCUUCGAGCUUGGGUGACGCGAUCGACAAUUUGGCGUACAGCCCGUGCGCCCCCAGUCCGGAAGCACGGUCACGUUUGGUCAGACCAAAGUCACUCGUCGAGCGGGCCCGGAUGAACGUGGGCUGGCUGGACUCGUCUCUGUCGAUCAUGGAGCAGGGCAUCCGAGAGUUUGAUACACUCUGCUUGCGCUUCAAGUAUUACACCUUCUUUGACCUCAAUCCCAAGUACGACCAGGUUCGCAUUAACCAGCUGUACGAACAGGCCAAGUGGCACCUGCUGAACGAAGAAAUCGAUUGCACCGAGGAGGAAAUGCUCAUGUUUGGAGCGCUGCAGUUCCAGGUCAACCUGCAGAACGAGGUUCCACAGCCCGACUCCGGCAUUGACACGUCCAGUUUGGACAAUGCUGCAGAUGACGAUGUGGACGCGGCCCUCCGGGAACUACAGAUUACACUCGAGGGCCCAAACAAUGGCCAUACAGCGGGAGAUAUAACUCAUAUACCGGAACUAACGGAUUAUCUAAGGUUUUUGAAGCCCAAAAAGUUUACCCUAAAAGGAUACAAACGCUACUGGUUCACGUACAAAGAUUUGCAUCUACAUUUGUACAAGAGUCGCGAUGAUGCUCGGUCAAACAAUCCACCGCAAGUGUCAAUCAACCUACGAGGGUGUGAGGUAACGCCGGAAGUAAACCUGUCGCAGAGCAAGUUCAACAUCAAGCUGGAGGUUCCGCUCGAGCACAAUACCAACAGCGAAAUGUGGAUUCGAUGCGACAACGAGGAUCAGUAUGCGAAAUGGAUGGCGGCGUGUCGGUUAGCGUCCAAGGGUCGUUCACUGGCGGACAGUUCGUACGACAGCGAGGUCGCCAGCAUCAAGUCGUUCCUGAGCAUGCAGAAGCCCGCCCAAGCGCCGGCAGUCACCAUCAAUCCGAACAACAUCGAACCCAAUGAGUAUCUGUCGCCGCGGUACGCGAAAAAGCUUAAAAAUAAGUCCGUCUUGCGGAUGCUGGAGGCGCACGCCAACGUGAAGGACCUGUCGCUGGUCGAUGCCAAGUUGAACUACAUCCGGGCGUGGCAGAGCCUGCCAGACUUUGGUGUCACGCUGUUUGUGAUCAAGUUUGACGGCCACAAGAAGGAGGAACUGCUGGGCGUUGCCAGCAACCGGAUCAUGAAGAUGGACAUCAACACGGGCGAUCAUCUGAAAACCUGGCGCUACAACACGAUGAAGGCCUGGAACGUCAACUGGGAGAUCAAGUGCAUGAUGGUGCAGUUCCAGGGCGAGAGUGUCAUCUUCUCGUCGCUAUCCGCCGACUGCAAGGUAAUCCACGAAUUCAUCGGUGGUUACAUCUUCAUGUCGAUGCGAUCAAAGGAAACGAACCAAACCCUGAACGAGGAGCUCUUCCACAAGCUAACGGGCGGAUGGAACUGAGUGAACGCAUCGAAAGUGAGGAAAAACGAACGAAAAAUUAACCUAAGUUGUGCUAUUUAAACACUGUGUAACACAAUUGUUUUUAAUAUAUAUAUUUUAAAAUAACUUGCAUGUAAAUAGUAACGCUGUAAGCUUGAAAAGUUUCAACUUUAUUAAACGAGUAAACGAGAUAGCAAUAAUAAUAAUUGGAAAUUUAUCGAAACAAUUUUGUUCUACGCAAGACCAUGUUGUUCAAAAGUUUACAACGGAAUGAAACGACCGCACGUGUUAAAAUGCAAGCAAAAGAACAAUAAGUAUUUUCCGCUUAAACGCAAACUCUAAUAAAAUGCCAAAAGUGUCUUUGAAGUUUAUAAACGAAGAAAUUAUCGGAAUAUAACAUAUUUUCAUAUUUAUAGCGUUCAUAAACGGUAAUAACAGCAGGUAAUUAAAAGUUUCUUUGUUAUAUUUGCUACUUAAUGUUUGUUUUAAACCCGCGUACGAAUAUUUACUAAGCAUUUUGAACGUGUUACGAAAGUAGAACCAUAAACUAAUUUAAAAUUACAUAUAGACAAGCCUAGUAUUUUAACAGUUUAAAUUCGAAAAUAAUGUGCCGCAAAGUAGAGUUAAAAUGUUUACAUGAUUUUUGUAACACACAAUUAAAACGGAAAGAUAAAUUGUCGGUAGCCCGAAAUUAACAACAAUGUAACUAAUUGUAAAUGAUAGCUGUUGAAAUAAAGUGUACUACAUUUUACUUACUGCA